AACAACAUAUAUAUAGAGAGAAAUAGAGAGUAUCGGCAAACACGUCCCAAACCACCACCGCUUCCUCUCUCUUCCACCAUCAACUUCCAACACUCGUAAAACUACCCGAAUCUCAAACAACCCAUAACCCCACAAUCUUCUUCUGAAUCUGGGACUGGAGAUGCCGUUAUUUAAAAGAAAGCCAUUUGCUUUGGCGGAAAAACCAAAGGAUUUGAAGCCGAAUGAACUCGUGUUCCAAGUUCGGUUUACUAAAGAGAUAUUUAGGGAUUAUGGUGAAUAUCUGAGACGAAUAAACCUGUAUCGCCAUAGGGUGUGGACAUGCAAAUUGACAGGAAAGCAUAACUUGACGUAUGAGGAGGCUUUGGUUUCAGAGAAGAAGGCUGCAGAAGAAGUUCAGAAGUUCCCUGAGGAACUAGUGGCUCCAGUUCUUCGCGAUGUGCAAUUCAGUAUGCUCAGUUUAAAAGAUCUUGGGGAUGCUGUUGCUCAAAAAUUACAGGGCUGUCUUUCAGAAGGUAGUGAAUUAUAUGGAAGGAAAAACGAUCAUGUAUAUUCCUGCAAAAUCGAGAGAGUUGUGAAGGAUGGUGAGAAAACUCGUUAUGAGGUUGCUUGGCUAGACAAAUACGAAAGACUGCCUGAGGAUACAGCCAUCGAUGAAGAAGAUCUGAUUAGGUGCAAACUGCGAUUUAGUAGAGCUUUUCUGAAGUCUUUUAUCAGAGAAUCUACAUAUCGAAGUAUUCCUUGGGUCUUGCAUGAAAGAUUGGCAAAGAAGCACGGGAUUCCAACUGAUCCUCCAGAUGAUCUUAAGGACCAAUUUUUUAUGCAGGAUGGAGUGGUUGUUGUAAAUAGGAAGAGAAAGAAAAGUGAAGAUAGUGAAACUAAAGAGAAUGGCUUCCAAGCUCCCUACGAGAUAGGAAGAGAAGACAAACUGAAGGCACAGUCCACUAGAUAUCCAAUCGACGAUCUUUUGGUGCAAUACACAGAGUUCGAUAAACAGUUGGCUGAACGCCCUCCUCCAUGCAGGGAAUUUAACGUCCCAAUGGAAUGUGUAGGGGAUCAUUUGAUGGUCUGGGAUUUCUGUACCUCAUUUGGCAGGUUAUUGCACCUGUCACCAUUCUCCCUUGAAGAUUUUGAAAGGGCUGUCUGUCAAAAAGGCAGCAAUAUUGUUCUCAUAACCGAAUGUCAUUCAGCCCUUCUUCGCUUACUUUUGAAAGAUAACAGUGAGUAUUCCAUAGCUGUACAGAAGAAAAGACCAAAGCUGAAGAUUACUUUAAUCACCUGGACAGAGUAUUUGUCCGAUUUUUUGGAAUUGAUUGGUAUUGUUGAAUUGACUAAUCAUGUUGCAACAAUUAAGAGGGGUCACUAUGGCCUUCUAGAUAUUAAGGUCAAAUUGGCAAUCUUGCGUGAACUGGUCUGUCGAGUCCUUGAGACUGACUAUUUUAAGGAGAAGUUGGAUGAAGAUAUUGAAAAGCAGUAUGCACUUGCAGCAACAAGGAGAGAGGAAAUUUUGGAAGAAUCUAGGAAGAAGAGAGAAGACCAUUUGAAAAUCCAGUCUAAUGGGAAGGAAGCAACAAAAGGGCGUGGCAACUCCUCAGAUACUGGGAGUGAUAAUCACCUCAGAGAGAAUGGAGAUAUGCCAAGUAGCAAUGGCAAACAGACAUCUCCAUCAAAACAUUCAUUAGAAAACAGUGAGAGUGAGCCAACAAUCUCCUCAUUGAAAAAUUCUAAGAAGAGAAAGGUUGACGUCAAGAAUUCUACAGCAAAGAUGAAUGCUUCCUCUAAGAUUGCUUCUGAUAAAUUGAUAAAGGAUGAAGGGAAGGAAACGUUAGAAAACAGGAGUAUGGACCAAAGAGCUGCUCACAAAAUGCGGAAGAAUGAGAUAAAGGAGCAUCUUGAAAACAGGAGUAAGGAGCAAAGGAAAGAAUAUCUUGAACGGGAAAUAGAGAAAAGAGUAAUACGCACCAAUUCAUUGGGAAAGGACCGAGAUUAUAAUAGAUAUUGGUUUUUCCGUCGUGAUAGAAGAAUAUUUGUUGAGAGUUCAGAUUCUGUAGAGUGGGGCUAUUACUCUUCCCAGGAGGAGCUUGAUGCUCUGAUUGGAUCACUGAAUGUCAAGGGUGAAAGGGAGAGGGCUCUUAAAAAGCAACUCGAAAAUCUCUACCACAAAAUAAGCUUGGAACUUCAAAAGAGAUCGAAGGAGGCUCAGAAGGCAGAAACAGACGAUGCUGAUGUUCGGAGAUCAACCCGUGUCCGUGCUCCACCAGGAGAUAAUCCUGCUCUUGCCUUCUUGAAGUACGUUAACAAGUGGAAAGAAGACUAACCUAGAAAGUUAAACUAUGGCAACAUACUCUGCUGUUCAGAAUUGGUAUUGUAGUCACAGCUAACCAUCAUGCCGAGAUGAAUAUAUAGGGGAAAAGAAAUUCGUCCUGCAUUUUGUUGAAAUGACAGUUCAUUUUUUGGCAAUUGAACCCUGGGCAGUUGCAAUUUGGUUCUUUUUCAUUCCUGUGAUUAUGGUACAGAUGAAAGGUUACUGUUCCAAUUUUGUAUAUGAUGUUCAUCGGCUGGUACUAACAUUAGUAUCAUGAUUGUCCUUUUUCUGUUAUAGCAAGUUAACUUUAAUAAUUUUAAUGUGAUAACUAUGAAAUACUUUUUUUUUGUAC